GCAGUGCGGCUCCGGGAUGGGCUGAAGGAGGAGGAGGAAGAAGAGGAGGAGGAAGAAGAGGAGGAGAAGGAGAAGCGGCAGCCGCCGCCGCCGCCGCCGCAGCAGCAGCAGCAGCAGGGCGGCUCUGGGAGAGCGCGGGGACGGCAAGGUUACGUGGCACUGGGGCUUCGGUUUGCUGCCUGCCCUGUUGCGCCAUGCAUUCCUUGGUAUUCCUCUGUGCGCAGAAGGUUGUCUCGCACUACGCCACCCUGCAAGAUGCCCUGGGGUUCCUCCCGAAAGAGCUCUAUCCCGUCUUGUUUAAGGCAGCCUUCAUGGACAAGAGGACUCCAUCGCUGCAACAGCUAGUGCAGGCCUGGCCAUUCCCGGUCCUCAGCUUUCAGAAGCUCUUGCGGAGGUGCCAGCAUUGUGAACGUGCCCUGAUCCGAGAGAAGCCAAACAAGUUGUGCAUCCAGGCGGUUAUUUUGGGGGUGGUGACGUACCUGAUGAAGAUGAUAGAGGAUCGACACUGCAUUAAGAGCAAGGGGCAGCGGCUGCAGGUCCUCGACAUGACUGGCCUCCAGGACGAAGGGCAGGGCCCCGAGAGCAUGAGUCUCUGGUCCAGAACCGUCACGCUGGCGAAGGCUUGCCUCGACAUCUCCAAGCAGCAGAGCAAGUGCGUGAAGCGGGCUUCCAAGAGGCGGAAGGGCCCCUACAACAACUCCGUGGCCCUGCCGCCCCCUCAGCCGGUGUCCGUGGACGUGUGGGUGGACCUCUUUGUGAACAGCACCUCCUACGGAGUCCUGAAGGAUGCCUUGCAGACCAACAGCAGCAACGCGCUGCGGCUGAGGUGCCGGAACUUCCGGGCGGAGGAGCUCUCCAUCGCCAGUACUGUGGGGCUCUUGGAGUUCCUGGACCCGGCCGGGGUGCGCCAGGUGGACCUGAGGUUCAACAACCUGGGGCUGUCCGGCUUGAGGGUUGUCUUGCCACACCUGGCCAAGUUCACAAACCUGGCCAGCCUGAAGCUGCCCUACAGCAAUAUCGACGUACGGCGCCUCACGGUGGGCAUGGAGGGGAGCCUGCAGUACUUUGCCACCCAGCUCAGCCGCCUGAGCUGCCUCAAGGAGCUGAACCUGGGCUCCUCCAGGCUGUCGGGCAAGCUCCGGCAGCUCCUCGGAGAUUUGCAGAGCCCCCUGGAGAGCCUGGAGCUGGCCUUUUGUUACCUCCUGCCCAAUGACUUUGCCUACCUUUCGCAAAGCCUGCACACGCCCGCCCUGAAGAAGCUGGACCUCAGUGGGAACAACCUCUCCGACGGGCUUCUUCAGCCCUUCCAGGGCCUGCUGACGGAGGCGGCGUCCACCCUCCUGCACCUGGACAUCAUGGAAUGCCGCCUGAUGGACACGCACCUGAACCUGCUCCUCCCGGCCCUCUGCCGCUGCUCCCGGCUCCGCUACCUGGGGGUGUUUGGCAACCCCAUCUCAGCCAAGGGACUGAAGAACCUGCUGCACAGGGUGGUGGGCCUGCUGGACUUGAAGCUGGUCAUCUACCCCUACCCCGUGGACUGCUACGGGGAAGACCUGCCCUGGCCCCCCACCUCCUCCAACCUGCUUAACGGCUCUGUGGAUGAGGUGAAGUUUGCCCGGAUCAGCAACGAACUGCAGCAGAUGCUGCUGAGCGCAAACAGGGCAGAUGCCGUCUGGACCACAAACCUUUGCCGCCACAAUAGUCUGGACUAUUUCAGUUUAUAGCCCAGCUGGCUUCACUGCCCCUUUGCCAAGAGGCGUAAGGUGUGGCCCCUCCCUCCUCUGCCGCCACUCAGCCGCUCGCAUUCCCCGCCUCCCACCGCCUUGCCAUGACGGGGCUGCCCUGGUGCUCCAGGCAACGCGAGGGGCUUGGGGUCGUGCUGGCGGCGCUCUCCCCCGGCAUCUUCAAGCAGCAGGCAGGAGACCACACACAGCCACCUACGCCCUGCUUUGUUCGUUCUUUGCUCUGGGGGGAUCACACGCCUGCCCCUUAGCCUUGGGGGACAAGCGGACGGAAUAGCCAGCAGAAGCCGCUCAGUAGCCGCUGGGGAGGGGAGAGCAGGGGGAGGCAAGCGACGGACGUGGCUGGGGGCAUGCAUGGUGUAUCUGCAUCGGGUUGAGAACCGCUGCCAGCCUCGAAUGCCAGGCCGAAACGUCUUUUCUUUUCUUUUUUGAACUAAAGCCCUUUUUAGUGCAUGCAGAAGUAUCUGGGAUUAGCUUUUGGGAGGGAUUUUUAAACAUCUAUUUUGUAACAUCUUAUUUAGAACUUUGUGAGGUGGGUAUCAUCUUUGCUGUGUGGUGUUACAAGCAUCUGAGAGGGAGGCCGAUCGGAUGCGUCAGAAGUAUUGGAUCCCUUUCUUGAACGGACUGGGUGGGAGCAGGCAGUCUAGUCAGGGCAAAAGGGAGGGAGGCAAGGCUACGGAGCUAACUUUGGACCUGAAAUAAAGGAUGAUUCA